UCUGUCAUAUUCAUUUUGAUAUUUGGACUGACUGUGGCGCUCUCAGUGAACGUGACCAUGUUCAGCACACUCAGGUUUUUUGAGGGGUUUUGCCUGGCUGGAAUAGUCCUCUCCCUGUACGCACUGCGGAUAGAGCUCUGUCCUCCAGGGCACCGGUUCAUGAUCACCAUGGUGGCGAGCUUCAUCGAAAUGGCGGGGCAGUUCCUCAUGCCGGGGCUGGCUGCCCUCUGCAGGGACUGGCAGGUCCUCCAGGCGGUCAUCAUCUGUCCUUUCCUGCUGAUGCUGCUUUACUGGGUUAUUUUCCCAGAGUCCCUUCGGUGGCUGAUGGCUACGCAGCAGUUUGAGGCAUCCAAGGAACUGAUCCUUCAGUUCACGCACAAGAACAGGGUGAACACGGAAAGUGACAUCAAAGGAGUGGUGCCCGAGCUGGAAAAGGAGAUUGCCAGGAGACCGAAGAAAGUCUGCAUUGUUAAAGUGGUGGGAACCAGGAACCUGUGGAAAAACAUCGUAGUAUUGUGUGUGAACUCGCUGACUGGUUACGGCAUACACCACUGUUUUGCGAAAAGCAUGAUGGGGCACGAAGCGAAGAUGGCGAUUACGCACAACUUCUAUGCAGACUACUACACCAUGGCCGGGAUUGCGCUGGCAUCCUGCCUGGCCAUGUGCCCGGUGGUCGGGUUUCUGGGGAGGAGAGGAGGUCUCCUGCUUUUCAUGAUCCUUACAGCUCUGGCAUCGCUUCUGCAGCUGGGCCUUCUCAACUUGAUCGGAAAAUACAGUCAACUUCCAGACUCAGGUAUGAGUGACAGCGUCAAAGACAAAUUCUCUACCGCGUUUUCCAUUGUGGGUAUGUUUUCUUCGCAUGCCGUUGGAAGCCUCAGUGUGUUCUUCUGUGCUGAAAUCACACCCACAGUAAUCAGGGGAGGUGGGCUGGGGCUGGUCCUGGCCAGCGCCGGCUUUGGCCGCCUGACCGCCCCCAUCAUGGAGCUCCACAACCAGAAAGGCUACUUCCUCCACCACGUCAUCUUCGCCUGCUGUACGCUCAUCUGCAUCAUCUGCAUCCUCCUGCUGCCGGAAAGCAAGAACCAGAACCUGCCCGAGAACAUCCCGGACGGGGAACAUUACACCCGGCAGCCCCUCCUGCCGCACAAGAAGGGGGAGCAGCCCCUGCUCCUGACAAACUCUGAACUCAAGGAUUACUCCGGCCUCCACGACUCGGCAGCUGUGAGCGACGGGAUCUCGGAGAACACCACUGCCAACGGGAUGAAGUCAAUGUAACCGGGUGGAUUUUUUUUUUUCCCUUCUUUUUUUUGGUUGGGUGUUUUUUGAUUUUGUUUUUUUUUUCCUUCUCCUCUUUCUUUUGUAUUUUAUUUGAUGCUGUUGUGCAGGAGGAGCAGCACUUUGGGCAAAGGUGUUUUGCACAGAUUUUACAAACCAGUGAUGGAGCAGACACAGACUUGGGGGAAUUCAACUCUGCUGCUAAAGCAACUUUUGGCAUCUUCAACUGUUGUGCAGAUUGCUCUUGAAAAAGUUAUGGGGGAAAAGACUCAUCUGAGAAAAGACCUGGCUGGAGAUCACAAAAAUGAAGCCAUCUUAUAAUAAGAGGUGCAGCCAUUCCAAGAAAGAAACCGUGGGGGGGGGGUCUUUUCUGUUUGUUUUUGUGUUUCUUUAAAGGAAAGAGGGAUCCACUGCAAAGUUGAAUUGACUGAAACUUAGACUUGUGCAACAUUCUUCUGCCUGUCUAGAAAGUCCAAGUGCCCAGGUUGCCUGCUGUGUUUGUAUACACCAAAAAAAAAAAAAGAAAGAAAAAAAAAGCAAAACCUGUUGUGACUCAAACUCUGACUGCAUUUUAGGCAGCUUAUGUUUGUUUUUAUAGCCCAUGUGCACUUAAAAGUUACUUUUUAAAUUAGUACUUUUUCUUUUCACCGAAUGCAUUGAAGAAAAUCCUACCCAAACAAGCUGAUUUUUCAAUGAGAAUCAGCCUUCUGCAUUUUAAGAGUCCAUGAAUCUAUUUUAGACAGUUUCCACUGGUUUUUAAUAGUAAUGUAGAUGAUGUGAAUGAUUUGACCAAUGAUGCAAAAAUUAGUUUUGCCAAGAAUGGCUUUAAUUACCGGGAGGCCCAGAAUCUCUGAUGGACUGCUCCAGGAGAGGAGCACAGACCAGCAGGGAUAAAAAGUAAGGAGCAUGGGCUACGAUCUGUACUUUUAUUCCAAAAGGCAGUGCAUCUGGGAUUCCUGCUCCUGGGAAAUGAGUGUCCUGGCAUUGCCCUACCUGUUUUUAGAACCAGAGUUUGGGUUUUCAAUUUAAGUGGACAAAAUGCUUAAGUGACCAUUGGA